AAACAUUAAUCUGUUGAUAAUUAUUUUAUAUUUGUUUAAAUAUGUACUAUAUAAAUGGACGAAAAUGUGUUAAUUUUUAAACCACAGGUUUAUAAAAUAGAUUCUUCAUUUUUCGAAGAAUUGUAUCAUAUAAAGCUCAGGAAGCUUAAACAGGGAGUAAAUAAUCUCUCAAUAAAAUCACUAGUAACAGUAGAUGGGACAUUUCUGAUAGAUAAACACUCGUUUGACUUAAAUGAUUGCAGAUUUGGUGAAAAAAAGGAACAGCCACUGGCUGAAUUCGUGAGGUAUAAUCUCGAAAAGGAAUUAUUGAGUAAAAAUACAGAAAACACAUAUAAAAACGAACAUUGUACAUGUAGAUUUGUACAAGGAACUUUAGUAGUAUUUGAUUCUCUAUUAGAAUUGAGAAAAUAUGAUAAAAAAAGCUUCAUUUCCAGCCAUUUUGACCUGGAUUCCAUAACACCAGAUACUCCACUGGUAUCCUCACACAUUUUCAAAGCGAUCGGCUCAGGGUUUGAAGAAUACUAUUAUAAAGUUAACCAUUUCUUUAUAUUCUGUUUUAUGGACUUGAAAAGCCGUUCAGGAUACUACUACAUAGCUGACCCCGUGGUAACUACCAAGUGCCCAUUCCCCUAUUCAUACUUUGGUAUAGUAAACAAUACGACGUAUAUGCAAAGUUAUAAUAACUUUAAGUUAUCAGAUCUGAACGCGAUUCUGAUACACUUUAAGUCCAACACACUGAGUGACUUGUUCUUCAUCUACAGUAGAAUGCACAGUAGGGUGUUUAGAACCAAUGAGUUCCUGUAUGACGGAAUUAAUGUGAGUUUAAACGGUGAGACCGUUCCUCUGGAUUCUGUAUACAUAUGUUCAUACUCAUCUUUUAACGGGGAUAAGUACAUUCCAAAGUUUUGGCGUAACUUUUUACUAUCUUUUUGCAUUGAAAAUAGGAUUUUCGGGGAAAACUUAAACUUGGUUAUAGUUAAUUCUAAACUUUUUGAAACAGAUGAAAUAUACUCCCAAGCAUUGGUAUACUGUAUUCAAACACCAUCUGAGGAUGAUUUUAGGGAUUUAUCACUGGUCUACAGUUUUAGUUACCAUAUCUCAAAGGGGUCUUUAAGUUACGAGUACCAAUACUCAUUUAUGGAUCAUGUAGAUAACGAGAAGUUAAAUUUGGAGUUAAUAACAUGGAGAAUAUUACCAGAGUUAAACCUAGAUAAAAUAUUACACCUGAAAGUAUGCAUAGUGGGACUAGGAACACUAGGAUGCAGCCUCGUUCGGCAGCUAUUGGCCUGGGGCGUAGAGACUUUUGUGUUGGUUGAUAGUGGAUUCGUGACAAAUUCUACAAGACAGUCUUUAUACACACAUAAAUACUGCUAUACCAAUACUCCAAAGGUGGAUGCCGCUGAAAGAAUGAUUUUCAAGAUUAAGCCAGAUUGCAAGCUUACGAUUGUUAACACUGAAAUACCAAUGAUAGGGCACACUUAUUGCGAUAAUUAUUUGAAUAAACAGCUCCAAAACACCAAGGCGAUUGUCGCAUCAUCUGAUGUUAUUGUUCUGGCAACUGAUUCCAAGGAGUCCAGAUGGCUUCCAUCACUCAUAUCUUCACAAAUGAACAUGAGGGGUGAGAAGUGUCCACUGGUGGUAUCAGCUGGGCUGGGAUUUGACUCAUUUAUGAUAGUAAGGCACAGUUAUAAGGAAUUCAAAGGGUCAUGUUACUUCUGCAGUGAAUCUCAAGCGCCAAUAGAUACUAUUACAGGACGACCGUUUGAUGAAACGUGUACAGUAGUGAAGGCUGGGAUAACAGAUAUCUGUGCCUCAAUGGUGGUGGAGUUGAUAGUUUCAUUAACUCAGCAUGAGAAGAUGUUUGCGGCAGAUCACGGUGAUAAGACUUGUAUAGGGAAAACACCUCACUCAAUAAGGUUCUCACUCUCAGACUACAAAUGUUCAGAACUUUAUGCUGAACCUUCGGAAAUGUGUAUUUGCUGUUCAGAAAAUGUAUUAAAUAAACUUAAAACUGAUGAAGAUAUCAUCGAGGUGUUUAAGGAUCCAUCAAUUCUAAUGAAAUACUCAAAACUUGACUCAUUCAUACACCAAUUAUCAGAGUAUAAAAUAAGCGAAAAGAAGGAAGAAGGUUAUGUGCUGCUGUAAUUUUCACUGUAAUAUAUACACUACA